AGAGUGCGGGUAACACGCCUAUCAGCCAUUUCCCUUAGAAGAAGAAAAUUGUGCAUCGCUUAAACUCUUCCCACUUAAUUUUAAAAUACCAAAGUGCAGCCAGCUUGAUCAAGAGAGGAAGGAUGGAUGCGCUGGCACACAUGCUUACAGAUCCUCUUGAUCCAAAAGAGGAAAACGGUGGACAAAUCACAGAGGAAUGUAUGCUAGGAAACUGCAGAGUGAAUCUUCCUGAAGAUCUUUUAGAAGACCCUGACAUUUUCUUUUCUGUGCUGAGUGAAAGCACCUGGAGUGAAGUACUGACAGAUUCCCAGAGGCAACACCUUCGGCAGUUUUUGCCACAGUUUCCUGACAACAGUGUGGAGGAGCAGGACCGCACCAUCAGCGAUCUGUUCAACGACAGAAAUUUUAGUUUUGGAAAUCCUCUUCAUCUUGCACAGAAGUUAUUCAGAGGUGCUUGCAAAAUGAACGUCUUUCACAAUGGCUAUUUUAAUCCUGAGGUGGUCAAGUACAGGCAACUGUGUGCCAAGUCCCAAAGGAAACGCCAUUUGUACUCCCUUCAACAGUAUUACCACAGAUUGUUGAAGCAGAUUCUUGUUUCCAGAAAGGAACUGCUGGACUUUGCAGUUCAUAGUGGUCUGGACUUUCCAGCUAAAAAAAGGAUGCCAAACAAGACUCAAGCUGAAUUACGGGAGCCGAGGGUGAGAAGAAGAUUGAGUCGCAUCCUAAAAGAGGUCAAAACUGAGUGUGGAGAUAGCAAUCCUUCAUCUGAUGAUGAUGACGUAUCAUUAUGGACUCAAGGACCUCCUUCCCCCUCCUCUCCAACAACAACAGUCUCCGUCCGAGUUCUUCCCAGCCUCUCGACACAAGACAUGAAGACCACUGAAAAAGUUGAGCUUGGUGAGCUGGACUUGAAAGUCAUGCUGCAUAAUCAUUGUGAGAAGAGGAAGCGUCAGCCAGACCAUCCAGACCUAAUAACCUCAGACAUUCACCUCGGAGAUAUACUUUCAAGAGCAAACAUUGGUCGCAAGGGAGCUUUGCCAUUCUUUGAUCUGUCUCUGCCUAAAAAGAAGAUGAGGGAUGAGCGAAGGAAGAAGAGAUUGAGAACAAUAAAAGUAGAAUCUGAGGAUCCCUGUGAGGCUCUUCCACCUUCAGACUCCUCAUCAAUACUGCCAGUUAACAUCAUUAACUCCCUGCCAGACGCACCGUCAACACCACAAACAAUAAUCAAAGAGGAAAUCGUGGAGGAGUGUCAGAGUAGCCCGGCCGCAGUUGAGGAAAUUGCUGUCAGCUUCUUCAGCUUGUUGGAAAAUAUCUUAAGAACAGAAGCUCUUGCCAGCACUUCACUGUUAGAGGAGAGGGUUCAGAUGUGGCAGUCCUCCCCGGCCAGCUCCCUCAAUGUUUGGUUUUCAUCUGCCUCGUGUUGGUCGGAUUUGGUUCUUCAAGCUCUGCAGUUCCUUGCGGGAGAGACUAAAGAUGGAAUGAUGGCCCUCCCCAGUGGUUUUUCUCCCUUUGCGGAAUUUUCUGAUGAAUCUCAGCAGUGGAGAUGGAUUGGUCCCACUCAGGACACGGAGAAGGAUCUGAGCGCACUCUGCCAGUUAUGGCUGGACUCCAAAGACUUUGUUGUCAAGGUACAACACAUCUUAAAAACGGAAAAUGAGGAACUGUUAGAGAUGACCUCUCCCACACCAAAACUUUCAACUGACUAUGUGGUACGGCCCAGCACAGGGGAUGAAAAACAAGUAUUUCAAGUUCAGGAGCAGCAAAGAUACAACCAGCCACACAAAGCUUUCACUUUCAGGAUGCAUGGCUUUGAAUCUGUGGUGGGGCCCGUUAAAGGGGUGUUUGAUAAGGAGAUGUCACUCAACAAAGCCAGGGAGCACACACUGCUUCGCUCAGACCGGCCACCAUACGUCACCAUUCUCUCUUUAGUGCGAGACGCAGCAGCCAGGUUACCCAAUGGAGAGGGAACAAGAGCUGAGAUCUGCGAACUGUUGAAAGACUCGCAGUUUCUCGCUCCAGAGGUCACAAGUGCACAGGUGAACACAGUCGUUAGUGGUGCUCUGGACCGGCUUCACUAUGAGAAAGACCCCUGUGUGAAGUACGACAUUGGGCGCAAACUGUGGAUUUACCUGCACCGCCUUCGCAGUCAGGAGGAGUUUGAGAGGAUCCACCAGGCUCAAGCUGCAGCUGCAAAAGCAAGAAAAGCUCUGCAGCAAAAGCCGAAACCGGCUGCCAAGCCUAAGUCUGGAAGUAAAGAUGGAGGCUGCAAAGUUCCCGGAGGUUUGGAGACAGGACAGGAUUUGGGCUCGAAUCCCAUGUCGCCAGUCCCUACAACACCCACCCCGACCACACCCGGAACCCCCAAGUCGCCUUUACCAUGCACGGCCACCACACCAACAAAAACUGGAGUCUCUGAUACGAUCAAAAGCAGCCCAGGUGUUCUUCUCGUGUCCUCACCAUCUCUGCCUCAGCUGGGAACCAUCUUACCCACCAGUCAGCCUUGCCCUCCAGUCUCACACCCAGUGACAUCCCAACAUGCGGCUCGGAUAGUGAGUCACCUGGCGGCGGGCACCCUCCCUCAGGUGCGAGUUGUUUCUGCUCAGGCUGGGCGUGGUUCUUCAGCAGCCGGUCAGCAGGCCACACUGGUUCACCAGACCCCUCACCAGAUCCGGAUGCCGGUGUCAGUGGCAGCUAAGGGCAUCUCACAGGCAGUCGUUUCGGUUCCUCUGAGAAGUCAGUCUGGUAGCAGUCCGGUUCAGGUUCCCACCACCUUGUCUGUGUCAGCUGUAACUGUAACCAAACCUCCAACUGGAUCUCCUGGUAGCCCAGCUAACAACCCGACUUCUCAAGCUGUGCUGCAAGGUGUCACCAGCCCGAAUAUCAAACAGGUGUCCAUCACAGGACAGCUUGGAAUGAAAACCUCAGGUGGUGGAAGCAUCCCAAUAACGGCUACAAACUUGCGUAUCCAGGGUAAAGAUGUCCUCCGUCUCCCACCAUCUUCCAUUACCACAGACUCUAAAGGCCAGACGGUGCUGCGGAUCACCCCGGACAUGAUGGCCACUCUUGCCAAAUCCCCAGUUGCCACUGUCAAACUCACCUCCGACUUCUUGGGCACUGCCACCACUGGCAGUAAAAGCAUAUCGGCCACUCUUCACGUGACUCCGCCCCACCCGUCAGCCUCCUCUGCCUCCAGCACUGGAUCCUGCGCGGGGGAUGCGCAGACCACCAAAGCUACCCCUGUUUCCUCCACCUUACUGAAGGCGGCAGGAGACACUGCCAUCCGUCUGAUGCCCACACUGGCCGUCACAAUGGCUGACCAAAAGUCCAGGACCUUCUCCACCGUCAGCUCUCCCGACAAAAGUGGUGCCACCAUCCGGAUAAUGCCCGGCCUGGGCGUCAUCCCACAGAAACAGGGGCAGACCAUCACCGUGACGACCACCACGGGCAGUAAGCCUCUCACAGCCUCGACGUGUGCUAACGUCGUGACCAUGGCUGCCAAUGUGGUGGCUGGUGCCAAAGGGAUCACGGUGGCCCCCGGAGUCUCCGGCGCCCCUCUGACCUUAGGAACGGCCACCGCUACGGUGCGACAGGUCCCCGCUACAGUCGUUACCACGGCAACGGGGAAGCUACCAGCUCGGAUUACUGUUCCCCUCACUGUUCUCAACCAGCCUCUGAAAAGCAAGAGUGUUGUGACUACACCAAUCGUUAAAGGAAGUCUCAAUACAAAUAUCAGCACCCUGGGCAGGAAUAUCAUCCUGACUACGAUGCCUGCUGGCACAAAGCUUAUCGCAGGAAACAAACCGGUCAGUUUUGUCACAGCACAGCAGUUCCAGCAGCUUCAGCAGCAAGGACAGGCCACACAGGUUCGGAUUCAAACGGUUCCCACGCAGCAGCUCCAGCAGCACAUAGCAACGGGAUCCCCAAAAUCUGUGUCCACAGUUGUUGUUACCACAGCAGCCUCACCCAAACGUGCACCGGAUCCUCCACCUGCUCCUCAACCGUGACCUGAUCAGCCUGCAGUGUUAUAAAGCCCACCACAGUUCAAAAUACAUCAGUAUCAGAUUUUUGGAUCUUUUCUUUGUUGCCAGGCUUUUAUCAUGGUUGCAGGACUUUUUGCCAAUCUCCCAAGAUGGACAAUGAGCAAAGCUGGAAACCUUAAAGUAAAUACUGUAGCUCGGGUUAAGGUUUCCACAUUCUCCAGUGGACCAUGGUGGCAUUUUUCCAAGUUAACAGAAUCCCACAUUAUGUUCAAAAUGUUCAGUAAGUUUUCCAUAUUGUUACAUCUUAAACAUUUAUGAGCAAUUUCAGACAUGUUAAUUUAACAAUGAUUUCCCUUGUUAAAGUAUCAGUAUUCCAAAUAUUCCAGUAAAUAGUCCUCAAGCUACUAAGCAAGUUGUUGUAUAAGUCAGGAAUAGCAUUGUCAAUAGUUUUAGUCUGUCAUGUAUUUAAAUGUUUAAUUGGAAUCAAUAUGAUUGUGUGUGCGCAGUUGAAUUUGUUCUGUUGUCUUUUUAAUUUAGUUGGAGCAGAUCAGACAUCUCACAUUACAACAUAUUUCAGAGGCAUUUCAACAAUGCACAAAAGCCA